AUGAUCCAAACUCAAUACACAUCAAAUGCUAGUACAAUCAGACAACUUGUUUUUGAUAUUCAAUAUCCCAAUUCAACUCUUUUAUCUGAGAUAAUUCAACAAGACAAAAGAUAUGUACAAAGUAUCUGUUUAAUUGGAGUCAAGAAAAGUGAUUGGAAACAAAUUGAAAAUGAUAUAUGCAAUUCAGAAUAUAUCACGCACCAAAUUGAAAUGAUUGAGGAGAUGUCACAAGAUAGUGUGUUGGAAAUGGUAUAUUAUUAUAAACGACCUCAACAAUAUUACUCAUUUUGUGAUAUUAUGAACCAUCAUUCAAAAUAA